UGUUGUCUUUAGGAUCGUGCAUGUGCUUGUGAAGGGACAUAUUCUUUCGGAAUAUAUUCGUAGUCGAGAAUUUAGCCGUGGCCACAAUAGACACUCACAGAAAUAUGCGUGUAUUCAGCCUCACCGCUCAGAAUACAUUUUGUCAGAUAUCACCUUGAAAAUGCUUUCUCAGAGGGAAUAAUCAGGCUUUGUCUUCUGUCACUUCCUUGACUUCGAAAAUGAGUACCAGAGUGUUAUAUCUGUACCUUCUAUCUGUUCUAGUCUGCUUAACAGUUACAAUUUCUCCGGUUGCAGUUGGUCUGGAAAUAACUGGAGUUUCCAUACCCCAAGAACUGGAAAAUGGAACAAAAGAGUCAAUUGUCUUAGACUGUGAGUACAAUUACGCAAAUGAGGACAAAAACAUAGUUGUCAAGUGGUUUCUGAAUGAUGAUCCGGAGCCAAUUUACCAGUGGAUCACAGAACUGAACCUCCGCCAACCCUCUUACCGGCUUCAGGGUCGAAUCAACAUGAGUUAUACAGUUACUCCGUCCACCAACCUGACCAGGUACCGUGCACUCAAUAUCCUGCGACCAACAACGGAUCUGAGUGGCAAAUACACGUGUAAUGUUGCCUCAUUAGCUGGCGAAGACUCGGAGGAACGGCAGAUGACAAUUUAUGCACCUCCUAGAAGUUUCGAAUUCAAUUUUACCAAGACAAAUCAGGAAUCGGCGAACUUUACUUGUGGAGUGGAAGAAAUGUUCCCACUUCCCCAGGUGUCUCUACUUUUACAUAACCCAAAUUUGAAAGACGCUCAAUCAAUUCCAGUACACAGUAACACUAUCUUCAGUAAAGGUACCUAUAGUGUUGUAAUUUACAAAGAGUUGAUGGACAAAGAAUUGCCCAGUGGCGGUCCCUCGGAGAUAGAAUGUGUAGUAUUUAUUCCAGAUACGGAAUUUCGAAGGAAAAAAGUAUUACAUUAUUAUCCAGAACAUCUGACGGGUUGUGGUGUCCAUACGUUCCGUUGGCGGAUUAUAUCGAUAAUUAUCGUUACCCUUCUAGUUGUGUUGACUCUACCUACCUUAAUGUUUAUAAGUUAAGAACCUGCGAGAUGCAUUAUUCGAAUUGAAGAACAUGAAAAAAAGAAACUUCUUGAUGUUGUUGUGAACAAGUUGUAAAUAUAUCUAUAUAUAUAUACCAAUUUAACUAAAAUCAUUUUAUGCCGUUUAAAAGCUUCAAAUGAUUGUUUUGGCAGAUUUCCUAUCAUUAAUUUGAAGUAAACGUGAUGAUAAAAAGAGCCUGAAGCUGCUAUUCUCUUUUGAACGCAUUGUUUUAUUAGGACUAUUAUU